AUGGCGGCGAUAGGUUGUCACUUGGAACAAUAGUAUAAUACAUUUUUCUAGAAUGCUAAUUGUUAAACCUAAGAGCUGAACAAAAAAGUAUAAGAGUGGAAUUGUUAUUUUUUAAGUUUAUUCAAGAAUUAUCAAAAGGAACUGAAAAUUUUAGAAAGAUGAUGCAAUUUAUGCUGUUGUUUAGUCGACAAGGAAAGUUGCGACUACAGAAGUGGUAUGUUGCGCAUCCUGAUAAAUUGAAAAAGAAAAUCACGCGUGAACUCAUUACAACUAUUCUUGCCAGAAAGCCGAAGAUGUCGAGCUUUCUCGAGUGGAAGGAUGUAAAAGUGGUUUAUAAAAGAUACGCUAGUUUAUAUUUCUGCUGUGCUAUCGAGCAAAAUGAUAAUGAAUUGCUCACGCUCGAAAUCAUACAUCGAUAUGUAGAACUAUUGGACAAAUACUUUGGCAGUGUUUGUGAACUGGAUAUCAUUUUCAACUUUGAAAAGGCAUAUUUUAUCCUGGAUGAACUAUUGGUGGGUGGUGAGAUACAAGAGACAAGCAAAAAAAAUGUGCUGAAAGCCAUUGCUGCACAGGAUCUGCUGCAGGAGGAAGAAACUCCUCAAGGAUUUUUCGAAGACCACGGAUUAGGAUAAUCCUUUCCAGCAGCAUACCGGCCGCACUUUUCCUUACUUCCUUUUCUUUGUCCCUGACCCUUGGCGUGAGGGUUACACCCGAAAGAGACUAUAAAAGGUAAUACGGUCUUGCAUCCUCGGUUGUAAGAGUCAUACCGAUCAUCGCGUUCCCAUAUCCGUGGGAUUUUCUCUCCCCGGUGCUUUUCGGAUUCUCCUCGGGUUAUUAUCACUAAGGAAUGGCAUUUAUGGUUGUUCAAUCGGAGCCGGGGAAUUUGCUCCAUUUUUCCCACGAUCGUGUAAUCGCUGGGGACGUUCCUUUUUAGAUGAGGAAUUUUUUUUUUUUUUUUCAUUCGCAAUUACUUCUGGUAUCGUUGAUAUCGAUUGAUAUUGUGAGAUCUUCAAGAAAAUUAGCUUGUAAUCGAGAGGUCCUAAGAGAGCGCCCUUCCUGGCCUACCGCAACGUUAUGCAUUCCUUCAAUUUGUAGGUUUUAAUUCUGGACCAAUGUACUCUACGUCCUCGUGGCGGUGGAAGAAAUGGCCUUUAUAAUUAUGUACUUACAGCAAGCACCGUUUCUUGCGGUAUUUUAGUUUAAGUGAAUUUUUCUCUGAUUUCCCACAAAUGUUCUGAUGAGAACUAAUGUAAACCGUAUACGUACACUUGGGACGUUGUAUUGGCUCUUGAAAGAUUAUUAUCGCGAUUAAUAGGUUUAUCAAAGCACUAGUGAUAUAUACAUAUAUUUUUACAUCACAUUUUCAACCAUUGGACUCUGGCAGGAGUGAGAGGAAUCUAGCGUGUUACACUUGUUACUGCUGAAGUAGGGUUUAAAUUAAUCGAAUGUUUAACCAUUCCACUGCCCUUGGGAGGGAGGAAUAGCCAGUGAUGAGUUCUUCGAAUUUAAUAGAGUAAUGGAUUUUCUUCAUGUUUGCACCACGCGAUGGUGCUAAUAGGCGGUCGUAUAAAUAAUUCUUACAAAUAUCUAGAUAUUCAAGCAGGCUCAGUGUCUGAGAAAAGCGAAUAACCUUUCAUUUUAUCUCGUCGUAUCGAUACCCCGAUGAAUUAAUAUUAGGCUGUAAUCAGACGUAAUAUCGUUAUAUUUUUAAGGAAGCUCGAAAUGUCCAUGGUAAUAAGGUCUCCCGGUACUUAAUAUUUACAGAUUGAAGCAGAUUCUUAACAGGUUUGCAUCGCAUUUAAUAGCGUUAUUUUUUUUUUUUUUACUAUCGUGUAUAUGCGAUCCUAAUCUUAUAUCUGCACAACUGACAAUUUUUUUUUUGAUGAUGCGACUGCGAGCAGGGCAGCAUUAAUCAAAAUGUAUAAGGCGUUAAGUACGUGUAUAAGUUUAACUAAUGACUGUAAAAUAAUGUCACCUUACACACGUGCGUUCGUUACAAUGGCAACUAAUACAGCUGCACGGAUACAUAUUUCACGAUUUCCUCGCCUCCGUAACUUGACAUGUUAUUGCACUUAUAUUUACUACUCUACGAAUUUAUUCAUCUUUUUUUAGAAUUAGCUACUAGUAGGCUUGAAAGAAAUUGCAUUUAUUCUUAAAGUCGACGUUGAAAGUUUUAACGUACGAAGUUAAAAUCGAACGUCGCAUCGAAGACCGCGCUUCAAACUCCGUCCAUGAGAACCUAUCUAGUGUAAUAUCAAUUGCCACUAACUACACCGAGUACAUUCUUUACAACGUUAUGCUACGUUAUCGUCAAUUAUGCACCUCGUUAACGUGCACCCUUCGCUAACUCACUAGGCAUUAAUGCUAUACAUCAAGAUAUAUAUACACAUAUGCUGUAACAGUGUACACGGUAUGGAGUAAAAUAUAAAUUAUCGGCGAGUUUUAAACCAUA